UCUCCCCAAAAAAAAUAAAAAAUAAUAAUAGUAAUCUCCAUCACUCAUUUCUCUCUCUCUCUCUCUCUCGGCGCCACUCCCACAUGGCCCUAACCUCUUUCUUCACCAUCAAAUGUCAACCCCCUCAACCGUCUCCGCCGUCUUUCCUCCUCCGCCUGUCCCAAUCCCUACCUACAUCACUAGCCUCGGCCUUGGCUACUCCAUAGCCAUAGCUCUAGGCUUCCUCGUUCUUAUCUCCACAAUCAUCCUCUCUUCCUACAUUUGCUGCCGCGCCUCCCGCCUCCGCUUCUCUGCCUCCGCCGCAACCACUAACUCAUCUUUCAGAGACCGUGGCGUUAUCGUCCCUAGAAUCAUUUUCGUAGCUGAAGACGACGAUCUUGAGUCCGGAAACGUGGUCGUUGGAGGACUUGAUCAUUCAAUCAUCAACUCUUACCCUAAGUUCCCUUUCACUAAAGAUAUCACUUCCGUCGUCGACGGUGAUGGAUUCCACGACGGAGAAGGAAGAGACACGACGUGCUCGAUCUGUCUAUGUGAGUAUACGGAAGAAGAGAUGUUGAGGAUGAUGCCUGAGUGUAAACACUACUUCCAUGUUUAUUGUCUUGACGCAUGGCUUAAGCUCAACGGUUCUUGUCCCGUCUGCCGGAAUUCUCCACUUCCAACGCCGCAGACGACACCUCAGUCAACUCCUUUGUCGGAAGUUGUCCCGUUGUCUCAAUACGCCGCCGAUCGGAGGAGAUCCAGAAGAUAAAAACAUUUCUUUCUUUCUUUUUUUUUUGGUCCGUGGCAUUAAUUAUAAUAUCUUCUUUUUUUCUUUACCUUGGUAUAAUAUAUAAUUGAUUGAUUUGCUUUACAAAUUCUUUGUCUUGUUAAGUUUGUUGUAUCAAAAAGAAAGAAAAAAAGUUAGUGUUGCAUACUUUGCAUU